UCAAAGUGUACCCUACUGCCUUUAAACCUGAACAGAAAUCGAAACUAGAGAUUUAAAAUGUUAAAUUUUGUGACAAACUAAAAACUUAACGAAUGGCCGAAUGUGCGGAUCUAUCGAGGUCUAUUCAAGGCGGGUCUGACGCCGAUUUCGAGAUAUUUUGCACCCCUUGUUCUGACGAUGGACGCAAGACGGAAGGGUCGAAAUAUUGCCCACAGUGCAAGGAAUAUUUAUGCACUACAUGUACGCGAUGCCACACACGUUUCGCUGCAACAAGAGACCACCAACUUACAGACUCGGUGAAACAUAAUAGUUCGGGAGUAAGGAACAGGACAAAGGGUAUUCCGAAUGCCAGCUGCAGUUUGCACCCAGACAGAGAAAUUGAGAUGUUCUGUGGCUCGCACGAUAUGGUGUAUUGUGCUCUAUGUAUUGCUAAAGAUCACAGAUUAUGUGAUAACGUAAGCGAGGUAGCAGAAGCGGCCACGUGUAGAACAUUAGCUCAGUCACCUAUCGGAGACAAAAUUAGCCGUUUGCGAGACGAGCUGGUGACUACUAAGGAAGAGAAAAUAGGGAGCUUACAAACUUUAGGGGCGGAAAAGAACGAGCAUUUGAAGAAAGUAAAACGAACAAGCAGGAAAAUUAUUUCUCAUAUUGAGAAGCUUACAGAUGAAGCGUCCACCUCCAUAGAACGUAAGUACGAGAAGAAUGAGCAAGAACUGCAAGCCGACACAAUUACUAUCACUGAAGCAAUAGAAAAAUUGGAUAAGUCUAGAGAGCAGAUCAAUUCUUUGAAAAACCUAAAUCAGACGCAUCAGUUUGUGCAGGAGAAGUUACAAAAGAAUAUGUUAGCAGAUAUUGAAAAGCUAAGUAUUAGCACGAAGCAGAAGAAAACCAGAGCGAUACACUACACGGCGAAUGAGAAGCUGAUCGAACAGGUUAUGACGGCAGCGUUUCUGGCAACAACUAAGGAAAGGGAAAAAUCAGAAAGAAACCCGAAAAAAGAACCGUUAAAGAUUAAAUCAAAGAAAGAGGUAAAUGUAAAGGAAAAAGACGAUAAGAGGAAAUGUGCAAUCAUCGGAAUAUGUCAACUCCCCGAUGGCACUAUAAUAUUGGCUGACGAGAACAACAAGAAGCUUAAAAGGCUUGAUAAUGAUUAUAAGGUGAAAGAUCAUUGCGAUCUACGCAGUAUGCCGAGUGGUGUUUGCUGUUCUGGUGAAUCAGAGGUAGCUGUUAAAGUCGGUGGAGGUAAGGAUGGCAAAAUACAAUUUGUUCAUGUAGGUGCCACUUUAUCGCAAGUGAGGAGUUUUGAUAUUGAAGGUGGAGGGUACUAUGGACUUUCAUUCUUUGUGGGUAAACUUUGGGUUGGAACUGGAAACUGUAUAAACAUAUACAACGUGAGUGGUACAAAGGUAAUGUCUAUAGAAAAUAAUAUCAUUUCAAAGGAAAUAUCACCAAAGUCACCAGACUUGUUAUUACCUGCCGGCGCUGACACUACAUCGUUAUACAUAUCUGACACGAAUGAAAUUGUUGCAAGUGUCAAUGGUUAUAGGAAAGUGACAAAGGUUUUUAGUGAUGAGCGAUUGCAAAACGUGAGGACAGUCAGCUGUUACCCAGAUGGAACAUUAUUUUUGGCAGGAUAUUCCUCUAACAACAUCACUAUGUUCAGCAAUGAUGGCAAAUGCCUCGGGGAAUUAAUCCGUGCUAAAGAUAACUUAGGAAGCAUACAGGGGAUGUGUUUUGACAAAAAGCACAAACAUUUGCUUGUUGGUUGUUACAGUGAUAAUUUGCAUGUAAUACAACUGGACGACUGAAGUGGUGCCAGUGGUACUGUUAGCAGAUUGUAAAGAUGAACUAUCGGCUUUUUGUUUUACAUUUACAAUAUCAUUCAGAAUUGUAACACAUUAUUGUAAUUUCAUGAAAAGUAUUGUCUAUGUUUUGUGCUCUAUAUAGAAGUAUUUUCACUUCUGUUUAGUUUGGUGCAUUUUCUGAUAACUGAUUAAACGCUAGGUGUCAUUGUACAUUUUCUUAAUGUACCUUAUUAAACAUAUAUCUAUUUGAUUGAAGUUGUGACUUCUUGAAAUUUUGUUUGGGUAAGGUUUUAUAUACCAGUUUACAUUUAUUUAUACAAGUAUAAUACAGUUGUAAAGUAGAUAUACAUUGCUUCUGUUUUAC